CUCGAGAUGGUCCCUUCUCCUAUCUUUUACAGUUCAAGUAUCCGUCUGCCCACGACACGAGAGCUGGAGCUGAAGGUUACAGUAGUACGAUUUGAUGGCGUGUUUCAGCACCGCUCAUCUCGCCAGUGAGCCGCCAAGGUGACGAACGCUGCAGCCAGCCGCUCAAUUGCUCAAACCAUGCCUAGAGAGAGGGGCAUAUGCUGCAAGGCCCUCUCCACUCCGACUGAACCUAAACGCGUUGACCCUGUUCCGCUGCAUGAAGCUACGCUUCACUCAAGAGAUCUUCGCUAUCUUGGACCAUUGCUGUUCCUGGCGGUUCCUACGGCACGCUACGGGCUUGUGGCGCGCGGCCCCUUUUCUGUUACAUUGCUUUGGUAUGAGCUUCAGACAGACAUAGACUACCGAUUGGGGUCUUCUGAGCCGCGUAGCCUGGAGCCAUUCCCAGGUUGCCCGUGUCUGGUACGCCCACUGCAGUCGGACGCACGUGGCCAGCAACUGCCGCAUUCCAGCUUUGCUUUAUGCGGCACUACAGCGCGUGGCUCGCAAUGCACAACAACCAUGAUUUCGGUCAUUGGCUCCUAUGAUCUAAAACGCAUUUUCGAAUCGCCACUUACUAUCGCGCGAUAGCGGUAGGUUGAGAGGGGUUUUGCAUUAUCACAUCGAAGCAUUUGAGAUCCCCACACAUACUACUUACUCGUGGAACAUCAUGGUCCCCACCAAGUCAAUACAGUGUUCCUGCCUUAUUCUGCCUCACCUUCAGAGACGGCAAAUACCACUCGAGACACCUAUAAGCCUACCAGAGACGGCCUUCGCCGCAAGCUACCUUUUCGCCAUUUCCAACAUUUCUUCGUGAAUACCCCUCCGUCCCUCGGCACGUACAUCAAGCGGUAGAU